AUGGCAAUACUUCGCAUCCAAUGGGUUGCCAUGGAAUUCGAACGAAAGGUUUCCGCACCAGCACUCCCUGUACGUCGGGUUCAAAAUUUCUCGGGCGGCUUAUUGACAAAGUCCUUCUCACCCGCGCCACCAUCUUGGCUUGGAAUAGUAGGCUGGCCGCGCCACCCGGUGUCUGGUAUCGACUUUUUGGCCGUAGGGUUUCUGUGUGGAUGGUCCUGCGGCGGUGGAUGCAGUAUCGUCGAUUGCGGCGCCUGGAGAACGGGAGCCUCAGGCCGAUCGUGUGGCUGUGACCCGGGUGACGUCAUCGCGAGUUCCCAGUGCGAUCACGUGGGCGUUCACUUGAGGUACGUCAGAGGCGCGUUUGGCCUGUUCACCUUUCUCUUUAGCCUCGACAAGUGCGAGAGAAGACAGAAUACCUUUACUGCGACUAUGCCGCUCUUCUCCAGUUUAUUUCCGGCCGCAGCGAGUGCAUACGCUCUUCAAGCAGCGCUAGCCCUCAUCUUCGUUCCCCAAGCCAAUGAGAAGUUUUACGACUUAGGAGGAGCCCUCGGUUUCCUGUCCACCACUGUCGUGUCUUUGUACUACCCUUCCGUGAAAGCCAGAUUCUGGGAUGGUAAAAUCUUUGUCAACAUACCUCAGUUGAACAGCUUAGCACCCCGUCAAAUGCUUCUCAAUGUUGCACUCGUCGUGUGGAGUGUCCGCCUCGGUAGUUUCUUAAUCACGAGAGCAAUUAAGGCCGGAGGUGAUUCUAGGUUCGACGAAGUUAAGUAUCAACCUGCAAAAUUCACGGCCUACUGGAUGGCACAGGCAACCUGGGUAUUCGCUGUCGGUCUGCCCGUCUACCUCGUGAAUACCCUUCCUGCUUCCGCUCAUCCCCCUCUUGGUCCCUUGGAUUACAUCUCGGUCGCCUUCUUUGCCGGUUCCUGGCUGUUCGAGAUCAUCGCCGACCGCCAAAAGGCCGCCUGGCGUCGCGCUAAGGAUAAAAAAGAACAUGACGAGAAGUUUAUCACGAGCGGGCUGUGGGGCAUCAGCCGUCACCCAAACUAUAUUGGCGAAGUAGGACUAUGGACAGGCAUUUGGCUCCUUUCCACGCGUUCGCUGCGCACGCCGUACUUUCCGCGCUCUGCUUGGCUCCUCGCCGGCGUGAGCCCGCUCCUGACGUGGUUCCUCCUGCGGAACGUGUCAGGAGUCCCUCUCCUAGAGAAAGCCGGCGAUGAGAAGUAUGGGAACGACCCUAAGUGGCAAGAGUAUAAGCGGUCCGUGCCCAUCUUUUGGCCCUGGGGCUCCCCGAGUUGA